GUCUCGGUAAUUGACAUCAAGCAUAGAUAAGACGACUAUUGUACAGAUUUAAUUUUCGUCCUUUAUUCUAUUAUCCCACAUAAUCUUUCUCAAUGAACGAGAUUGGUUUUCUUCACCAACAGCGCAGUUUUUUCUAUUAUUAUCCGAGAAUUCUGUCGCUUGCCACCAUUGAUAAUAACCAACUGAUUAGAUUUUGUGUUUGAGUUGUGAGAAACUGUUGAAAAAUUGAGCGUGUAAGUGGAAAAGAUGGAUAGUUUCGAAAGUACUCGACGAAAAACAAAUCCAGUGGAAAAUGCCAAUAUUUUUUCUUUAAUCACUUUUUUUUACACACGUGGACUUUUCAAAAAGGGUCUCCACGGACCUCUGCAAGACGAAGACAUCUAUAAAGUUGUGACGAAUCACAAAAGUCAGACGCUUGGAGACCAAUUAGAACAUGCGUGGAAUGUGGAAUGCGAAAAAGAUAAUCCUUCCAUUUACAAAUUACUAUUAAAAUGCUACGGUUUAAAAUACUUAAUAAUCGGCGUCGUGCAGUUAAUAAUGAGAAGUCUAAUAAUUAUUUUUUCCACUGACGCAACGGGAAAACUAAUCUCAUACUUUUCCAAAGACCAAACGGAAAUAUCGAAAACAGACGCUUAUUAUUAUGCAAUUCUGGUGAUCAGCCUCAACCUCUUAAACUACAUUUAUUUGCACAACUACUUGCUGAUCAUCACUGAAUUCGGCAUCAAAAUCAGAACAGCGUUCUCUUCAUUAAUUUACAGAAAAUGUUUGCAGUUAAACACCAGUAAGCUGUCUGACAUCACAUCGGGAAAAAUGGUAACUUUGAUUACGAAAGACGUAACCGCUUUUGAAAAAAUCGUCUUCUAUGGAAACGACGUUUGGAUCGGCUUUGUACAGGCUGGAAUCGUUUGUUACUUGAUUUACACUAGGAUAGGAUCGCCGGCGUUCGCAGGAAUAGGUUUUUUCUUAUUCGUCAUGCCCAUACAAAUUUACAUAGGCAAAAAGGCGACUCAGCUGCGAAAAGAGACGGGAAACAGGACGGACCAACGAUUGCAGCUGAUGCAGGAAUGUCUUUCCGCCAUAAAAACAAUCAAGAUGAGCACGUGGGAGAAACUGUUCGUCGGAAAAAUAUCCAGUGCGAGGAAACUUGAAGUCUCCAACAUCGUCAAGAUCUUCUACACCAAAACCAUCAUUCUGUUGACAGGAGCUCUUACUACCAAACUGGCAUUUUACAUUUUGAUUACGACAUACGUUUUGAUGGGCAAUCUGAUUCACGCCGAGCUGGUAUAUUAUAUUCUGUCUUGUUUUGCAAGAUUGAGACACGCUUUGAGCGUUUUAAUACCCUUGGGCAUAACUGAAGCUGCGGAGCUUCGUGCAAGUGUAGAUAGGAUCGGAGUCUUGCUUAAAGAGAAGCCUUGUCAUAAAUUGAAAAGUCAUCCAAUAAUCGUUCCCAAGAUCAAGUUCAGCGACGUAACCGUUUCUCUUAAAGGAAAGGAUGUUUUAAAAAAGUUGACAUUGAAAAUUGAACCGGGCUUGACCGUUCUAACCGGAAGUUUUGGUUCAGGAAAGACGAGUCUUCUGAAAACGAUUUUAGGAGAUUAUGAAACGAAUUCGGGAAAGCUGGAACGUGGGGGUGUAAUAUCUUACGCCUGUCAAGAGCCGUGGGUAUUCCCUUCUACCAUUCGACAAAACAUAUUGUUUGGAGAAGAUUACAAUCCGUACAGAUAUCAAAAGGUCAUAGAGAUUUGCGGCUUGAAAUCUGACCUAGACAACAUGCCUAAACAAGACUUGUCUCUGGUAGGUGACAAAGGUUUAAACUUGAGUAAAGGACAAAAGUCUAGGAUUAAUUUGGCACGUGCAGUGUACAAAAACAGCGAUAUCUAUUUGUUGGAUGAUUGUUUGUCGUCGCUGGAUGCGAACGUGAGAUUACACGUCUUUCAGGAAUGUGUGCAGAAAUUUUUGAGGGAUAAACUCUGCGUUUUGGUAACGAACGAUAUUAAUUUUGUUUCUAGAUGUGAUAAUAUUAUUGUGUUGUCGCAAGGUGAAAUUGUUUCCAAGUCUGAUUUGCUGUCAAGAUCUUGUAAAGAUGCGGAUACACUUCCUGGAAACGUAAAAGAUUCAGAGAAUAUAGGUGACGAAGAAUUUGUUGCUGAUGAAGCAUCGAAAUUGUUGAAGGAUGGGGAAAAGAAGAAUAUUUAUUACGAAUCUAAACGGUCAGGAAAGGUUUCCAAAAAGACUUAUAAAGAAUACGUCAGGUCAGGUGGCGGCUUUAUAAUGUUGGCUGUAGUCGUGGUGUUUUUCGUGCUGACUCAAUCUUCGAAAAGCUAUACGGAGAAGAUGGUAAGCACUUGGGUCAAUCUAGAGGACAACAUUACGGAUCACAUAAAAAAGAAUCUAACUGAUGCGCAGAGUUAUAUGGAACUGACUCAAAGUCAUUCGAACACUUUGAUACUAUUUUCGUUGGUGAUAUUGUCUACCACUGUCUUAUCGAUCGCAACUGCAGUUCUGUUGUUCACAUUUACGAGAAGGGCUUCAAAUAGAUUACACGAUAGGAUGAUUUGCAGUAUAAUGGAAACAAGCAUGGACUUUUUCGACAACACUUAUCUUGGAAACAUUCUUAACAGAUGUUCCAAAGAUCUGGCAACGAUCGACGAAUACUUGCCUAAUGUUAUAUACGAAUUCAUCGAAAUAACACUCGCAUUAACAGGAAUUAUAAUACUGAUAGCCUCCGUCAAUCUAAUCUUUUUAAUUCCUACCACUGUUUUUUUGAUUGUAAUGUAUUGCAUGCGACUGAUUUACCUUCCAACGGGCAGAAAUCUCCAGAGACUGGACGCAGCAACACGAAAUCCUGUCAUCGGAUAUUUGAACGCCUCUUUGGAUGGUUUGAGCACUAUCAAGUCGCACAACGCAGAAAAAUUAUUGAUAGAGGAAUUCGACAGUCACCAAGACUUGUACACUUCAGCAAAUUAUAUGUCCAAGUGCACCGCAAGAGCUUUCGGUUUCUUCUUGGACAUGCUUUGCAUGUUUUACAUCGCUUCGAUUAUUUUCAAAUUCUUACUAUACGACACAGAUACUUCGGUGGGUGACGUUGGUAUGGCAAUAACUCAAUCAUUUGGACUGGUAGGUUUGGUACAAUACGGAAUCAGACAAUGGGCAGACUUGGAGAACAACAUGACUUCAGUCGAAAGAGUUUUGGAGUACACCUCUAUCAAAUCGGAAAACAAAACGGGUGUGGUGCCGGAAAACUGGCCAGGAAAGGGUCACAUUUUGUUCAAAAAUGUUUCGAUUUCAUAUAAGAAUAAUAAGCCAACACUGAACAAUCUAAACUUGGAAAUAAAACCAGGCAGAAAGGUCGGAAUAGUCGGUAAAACUGGCAUAGGAAAAACAUCGCUGGUAUCCAGUCUUAUGAGAAUACACGAUUUCGAAGGGCUCAUUCAAAUUGAUGGGGUCGACAUCAAAACCAUUCCUUUGGACAUCUUGCGAAAAAACAUUUCUUUUAUACCUCAGGAUCCGGUUGUGUUUUCCGGAACGAUCAGAUACAACGUGGAUCCUGUCGGCGAACGAUCGGACGAAGAGAUUUGGCGAGUCUUGAAGAAGGUGAAGUUGGACGUGCCCAGUUUGGAUAGUGAAGCAGGCUCUGGUUUCAGUGCGGGCGAAAAACAACUGAUUUGCCUGGCUAGAUCAAUGAUGACUGCGAAUAAGAUUGUCAUUCUGGACGAGGCUACGGCCAACGUCGACGAAACCACCGACUUUUUGGUACGGUCGACCCUUAACGAAUACUUUCAAGAUUGCACAGUUUUAACUGUCGCCCACAAUUUGGAGAGUGUGUUGGACAGUGAUUCGGUAAUGGUCAUCGACGAUGGAGGAAUUGUGGAGUACGAUAAUCCGUGUGUCCUGUUCGAGGAUAAGCGCAGCAUAUUUAGGAAAAUGAUCGAGACUGCCGGAUUAAACGAAAAACUAAUUAAAUCAUGUAGUGAAAUGUAAAUUAACGUAGUUGUAGUUGUAUAUAUAUAUUAUAUUCGUCCUACGAUUCCUGUUUAUUACAUUCGGAGAAUUUGUAAAUCCCAUUAAAUUAUUACACAAUUAAGUUUA